CCAAUAUGAUUGGAUGAAACCGAUCAUUUUGAAAUACGACGUUUAAGUUCUAGGCGGCGGUACCGGGAAGCUUGUUGAGUAAACAAGACCGUAGUUAACGAGAAACAUGAUGAAGGGAAGAACCGCCCGCAGACCUCAGAAGAAGCAGAGCAGCAACGAGAGAGAUCCAGUGGGGGUGUACUGCCGAGUGCGACCUCUAGGUGCGGAUGAUAAGGAAUGCUGUGUUGAGGUGAUCUCGAGCUCCACCGUUCAGCUGCAUACGCCCGACGGGCUCAAGGUCAAUCGAAAUGGAGAGUUCAAAGAGACACAAUACUCUUUUAAGAAAGUGUAUGGCAUUCAAACAUCCCAGAUGGAACUGUUUGAAGACGUGGCGAAACCUCUUGUGGAUGACCUGGUCCGUGGCAAAAAUGGGCUGCUAUUUACAUACGGAGUUACAGGAAGUGGCAAAACCUUCACGAUGACUGGCUCCCCAGGCCAGGGGGGUCUUUUGCCCCGGUCCCUUGACAUGAUCUUCAACAGUAUCGGCCCCUACCAGGCAAAACGAUUUGUUUUUAAGACGGAUGAUAAGAAUGGCCUGGAUGUACAGAGUCAAAUCGAUGCAUUGUUGGAACGCCAAAGGCAGGACAACAUUCCCUCUGCUCCCAAAACACCCUCAUCCAGGCAGAAGUUGGACCCUGAGUUUCGGGACAUGAUGAACCCAGAGGAAGCCUGCAGGUCAGAGGGGGUGGACGAGGACAGCAGCUAUGGCGUAUUUGUCUCCUACAUCGAAAUCUACAACAACUACAUCUUCGAUCUGCUCGAGGAAACGCCCUACGACCCAAUCAGACCAAAACCACCGCAGUCCAAAAUCCUCAGAGAGGACCAGAACCACAACAUGUAUGUUGCUGGAUGCACAGAAGUGGAGGUCAAAACUACAGAGGAGGCCUUUGAGGUGUUCUGGAGAGGUCAGAAGAAAAGGCGGAUCGCCAACACCCAGCUGAACAAAGAGUCCAGCCGCUCUCACAGUGUCUUCAUCAUCAAACUGGCCCAGGCGCCCCUGGACGCAGACGGGGACAACAUCCUUCAGGAUAAGAGCCAGGUGGCGGUGAGCCAGCUGUGCCUGGUGGACCUGGCGGGCAGCGAGCGCACUAGCAGGACCCGGGCCGAUGGCAACCGUCUCCGCGAAGCCGGUAACAUCAACCAGUCCUUGAUGACUCUGAGGACGUGUAUUGAAGUCUUGCGGGAGAACCAGAUGUGCGGCACAAACAAGAUGGUUCCCUAUAGGGACUCUAAAGUCACCCACCUCUUCAAAAACUACUUUGAUGGGGAAGGCAAAGUGAGAAUGAUCGUGUGCAUCAAUCCGAAGGCGGAAGACUUUGAGGAAACCAUGCUGGUGAUGCGAUUUGCGGAGAUGACCCAGGAAGUGGAAGUGGCGCGGCCGGCCGACAGGCCAGUGUGUGGCUUCGCUGCAGGCCGGCGACAGAGGAACCAGGCCUCUAAAGACGACCCCGCCCGCAGGGUCGAUGAGCGGGGCCCAGCAGACCGAGACUUCACCACCACCCUGGGCCAACUGCUGCACAGCAUACCCCCGCUGCCCUGCUGUGAGCUGACGGACCCCCACGACGACACCACCCUGCCCCGGGUCAUCGAGGCGCUGGAGAAGAGGCAGCGGAUCAGGCAGAUGAUCAUCGACCAGUACAAACAAGCAGCCAACGUGAUGAGGUCCUCGCUCAAGGAGCUGGACGGCAGCCUCUUCAACAAGGAGGACUUCAUCAACAAGCAGAAUGGCAAGCUGGCGGAGAAGGACCGGCAGAUUCAGAGCCAGAAAGCCGACAUGGAGCGCUUGGAAAAGAAGACCAAGAUGCAAGAAUAUAAGAUCGAGGUGCUACAGAAGACCACCAACAUCUACGAGGUGGACAAGCGGUCCCUGCAGCAGGAGCUGGAGACGCGGGAGUCGCGGCUGAAGAGGGAGCACGUGGACAAGAAGCGGAUGGAGCAGCGGAUGCAGGGCAUGGUGUCGGACACGCAGCACAAGUGGGAGAAGGAAUGCGAGCGCCGCGUCAACGCCAAGCAGCUGGAGAUGCAGAACAAGCUGUGGGUGAAGAACGAAAAGCUGAAGCAGCUCAAGGCCAUCGUCACAGAGACCAAGGGGCCCCCGGCCCCGCCCCCCGACACCCCCCAGCGGCAGGCCCGUCCUCAGCGGCCCCACCGCGAGGAGCGCCUUCCCGCCAAGAGAUCUGCGUCGCCCUCGGCCGAUGCCCCCCUGGUCCUCCUGUGGCUCUGCGUGGGGCCGGGUGCGGCCCCGGUUCCCUCUGAGGACCCCCGAGGCGGGCAGGCCGGCCAGGUCUGUGAUCGGGAGGCAGUGGAGGAGGCCGGCUCACGCUCGCCCCCUCGCCGUCUUGACAACGCAUGUUUUCUAACCGCUGGGCUGUUAAACAGGCCUCUGCCCCCGCUGGUAACUGCCCCCCCUGGUAACUCUGCCCUCCUGGUAGACUGCCCCCCUCUGGUAACUGGCCUCCUGGUAACUCUUGCCCUCCCUGCUCCGUGGGUCUUCUGUCGAGCAGACCACCACGGCCUGUGCGUGCGCUCACCGGAGGGUCGCGCUCCGCCGCGGGGAGAAGUGGGUGGGGACCACAAGCCGGCCUCCAGCGUGGACCUGGGCACCAUGCUGCAGCCCAGCAUCCCCAUCCUCAAGGUGUCGGCCGCCAGCGAGAAGGUCCUGUCCAAGUGUGACCGCUACGUCCUGACCCACCAGGAGGUGGCCUCCGAUGAGAUCCAGACCAAACUCAUCAAGGGCGAGGUUAUUAAGACCCGAGGGGGCGGUCAGUCGGUCCAGUUCACCGAUAUCGAGACGCUGAGGCAGCAGCUCACCACGGCGCCCAGCCGUAAGAGGAGGUCCUCCGAGGGGAGCCCUCAGAGUUCAGACCAGGGCGGGCAGUGGACCGACGUAGAGACAAGGUGUGCUGUUGGCGUGGAGAUGAGGGCCGGCUCCAACAUGGGGCCCGGUUAUGAGCACCGAGGAUUUGUCAAACGGAGAAAGCCCUGAAGUGGAACUCCUCGACCUGCUGACCCUCUCCUGUCUCAGAAGUGCAAUAGUGGAACUCCUUACCUUUUUUAGCUCUUGUAUUCUUAUCUGUAUGAUUACUAUGUUUUUUAUUUGCAACUGUAUGUUGGUCUGUAUACCAAAGUGUGAAGAAAAAAUGUUAUUUAAAAUGUUACUCAAUCGAUGUGGCUAAAAUAUAAGUCAUGUUUUUUUAUAUAUUUCACUUUUUCAACUCUUUCUUUCUUGCCACAUAGGAAUUAAGUAGAUUUUUAUCACUACAGACCUGGUAUUAAUGGUCUUUGUAUAUGUUUUUCUUUUCUACGACUUUUUUUAUAUCAGCUAUUUGUACAACCAGCAGGCUGACUUUGCAUUGCCAUGUUGCAGCGGAUAAAGGUGUUUUCAUCCUAGAAAAAAGA